AUAAUUUUGUUUGCUAAACUCACCCGCGCUAUAAAAACACAAAAUCCAUCCUCUAAUCCAUUCUCUCUCCUCCCUCUCUCUCUCUCUCUCUCCAGAUCCACCUCCAUGGAUCUCUCAUCAUCAACGCCGCCGGCGACGGCGAUACACACCGUCGUCGUCGGCGUAGCUAGAAAAGAAUCCAAAAUUUCCAGCCAAAAACUCCGGCUAAUGGUAAGCUACAACGGCCACAUACUCCCACGCCCACACGACAAAGCCCUCUUCUACGCCGGCGGAGAAACCCGCAUUAUCUCCAUUCCUCGAAACACCUCACUUUCUCUCUCCUCUCUCUUCUCCCAUAUCUCCAAAUCCCUCCUCAAUGGGUCCCACAACUUCCUCCUCAAAUACCAGCUCCCUAACCAUGACCUUGACUCCCUCAUCUCCGUCUCCUCCGACGAAGAUUUUUGCAAUAUGGUUGACGAAUACGACCGUCUUUCGUCUUCGGCUUCUCCUACAUCCUCCCGCAUCCGGUUCUUUCUCUUCAGGACGGAGGAGCCAGUUCGUGAUUUGAAGAGCGAUGAUGAUUGGUUUGUUGAUGCGUUGAAGGUCGCUGGUUCGAAUCCCGUUGAUGAUUCGUCCUCUUCGCCUGAAUCGAUUGUUUUGGAGAGUAGUUCUUCGUUUGGGUCCAAUGCAUCUUCUUCAAAUUCUCCGGGGAAGAAUAAAUUGAGUGUUGCGGAUGAUUUUAAGGUUGUUUUGCCCUCUCUCGAUUCUUUGGGAAGUGACUGCAGCCUUCCCAGCCCAAACUUUAGCCAGCAAGCAAUAGUAUAUCAAGAUGCAUCGGGUUUUUUUGACUCUAAACCUGUUUCUGUGAACCUCGUCGAGACAGAAAGCAAUCCUUCUGACCGUUCUCCUCGAAGUGAUAUUCUGACACCAGUUCAGGUUUCUGGUUAUUUGAUAUCUAAACCAAUGGAUCAACAGCAACACCAAUCUCCAUCUCCACAACCAACACUAGCAACAGCAACACCACAUUACAUACAUUACCCUGCUUCUCAAUCCAACUAUAUUCCCCAAUAUUACCCAAAUCCUAUUCCUGUUGCAUCUUAUGCCCCAAUGUAUCAGCCUUACGUCCCACCACAACAACCUGUUCAAUAUCAGCUAAAUAAGCCAUACCCAGUCUACAUGAUGCCUAUGGGGCAAACACGAAACCUGUACGACGCGUCUAUGCCUCAUACUCUGACAACUGCACCAAAUGUUGCUAGGAGUCAACCCCAAAUGCCUUCAAAUCCUGUCAUGGUUUCAUCCCCAAUGGUUUAUGAAGGGUACAGUAAACCUGAAUAUGCUGCUGAAGUAUACAUGCCAACUUCUGUAUCAAACCAGUCCAUGACUAUGCCUCCAGUGCAUCAAUCAGCUCAACCUGUUACUGUUCCUCCCCUCGAAAACACCAACUACAUCAGCGAAUAUGAAGAUCCUAUGCAUGCUCAGAUAUACAAAACUCAGCCUUCUGGUCUUACAUUACCUUCUCAGCUACAAAUGGCAACAAGUGCUGCUACAGAUAUUCUACCAGAAAGUUUCACUCAGUUACAGGUGGAGAAUUCUAAGCAUUAAGGACUCUGAGCCACGGAAAGUGUUGCUUUGAGAAAGUUUUGAGUAACAUACAUAGAGUUCGAUACAGUAAUUUCUUUUUCUCCGCGAUAUUUCUUUUCUUGUUGCAGUAUAUAUAGCUGCACACACAUUUGUUUAGUAUACAUUUUUUGAUUUUUUAUUCUUACUUUAAUUUGUUAGCUUAUACAAAGAAAAGGUGUUUUUUCUGUAAGCGUUGUGGUUCUGAAUUUCUGAUGAUAAUGUAAUAUUUUGGUAAAGUAAUGUGCAAGUGUUUGCUGUUA